AUGUCAAUAAGGUUACGAAGUGAUCAUUUGCUUCCAAUCGACCACAAUCUUGAGGGCACUCUACGGGCGUUGAGGAGGAUUUUUCGGGAACCAAGGGUGCUAGCUACUAGUGAGGAGCAACCGGGGGAGGUAUUUGAGGAAGAUCAAUCCAGUUCUUCUACUUCUAGUAUCAUGGCGGAGGGUCCACCCCCUCCAAGAGCUUUGAGGGACUAUGGUCACCCCGAAGCAUUUGAGCUCAAAAGUGGGAUACGAAGGCCGGCAACUACCGCUAACUUUGAGUUCUCUCCACAUUUGAUUAGAAUGAUCAAGCAAGAGCCUUAUGGAGGAUUUUCUCAUGAGUGUCCACUUGACCAUUUAGCGAACUUUCUUGAGCUUUGUGCCACGGUCAAGCAAAAUAAUGUUAAUCAAGAGUUCGUGAGACUUAAUCUUUUUCACUUCUCUCUCACGGGGAAGGCCAAGAAGUGGUUACAAUCUCUUCCUCCCGAUUCCUUGACUACUUGGGCGCAAGUGACGGCGGCUUUUGUUGAUGAGUUUUAUUCUCAAGAGAAGACUUCCGAGGCUAGGAGGAAGAUCUCUAAUUUCAUACAAGAUGAGGAUGAGAGUUUGAAUGAGGCAUGGGAUAGGUUCAAAGACCUCCGAAGAUCGUGUCCGCACCAUGGGUAUAGUCAAUGGAUGUUGAUGCAAAGCUUCUAUGAUGGGUUGCUUCCUAUGACUAGAGCUAGUCUUGAUUCCGGAGCGGGGGGUCAACUCACCAAACUUCCGGUUGAUAACAUUGAGCCCACCAUAGAGGAGGUUGUGAGGCAUUACUCUUGGGGAAACACAAGGUCUACAAGCAAGAAGGCUAGUGGCAAAGGGAAGUAUGAUGUAGAUGCUAUGGAUCAUAUCCAUGCCAAGCUAGACACUCUAGCUAAGAAACUCGAGAAGGUGAACUUGGCAUCCCCAAGCCAACCACCUUCCCAAGCUUUCUCUUGUGAAAUUUGUGGGGGUACCGAUCAUGCAAGCUCUUAUUGUGGAGGAUCUACGGAACAUGUUGCAUGGGUUGGUGCAAGGCAAGAGGGGCCUACAAACUUCAACAACCAAGGGAGGUGGAACAACCCCUCUCAAGGAUCAUGGAAACACCCUCCACCACAAAAUCACAACAACUACACAUCCAACUUCCGACCACCCGGUUUCAACCAACCACAACAAAGACCACCCUUUGAGCCUAACCAACCAAAGCCUUCAUCACUUGAGUCUACACUUCAACUUUUCCUUGCCCAACAAACCAAGACCAAUACCGAUAAUGAUAAGAAAUUUGGGGAUAUUCACUCUUCCUUACAACAAAUGCAAGCUCACAACAAAAUGAUUGAGACCCAACUUGCUCAAAUUGCCCAACAAGUAAGCAACACCACUUCCCCCCUACUAAAUUUCCAAGCCAACCCGUGA